AUGUCCUCGACCCCUCCACCGAGGAGGUUCGCUCCUACGCCAAUCGAGGAGACGACUAGGUCCUCUCGACAACCAGAGGCAACAAACAAUGACAACAAGAAGCCAGCGAGGCGGUUCGCACCGGAACCUAUUGAGGAAUCGACAAGAUCUUCGAAAGAUGCAAGGGAGCACGUGGAGGAAAAGUCGAAGCCUAGACGUUUCAUACCGGAGCUAGUCGAGCAUGACACAACGUCACCGCAUCACAUGGACUCGAGCAGUGAGGUCGGAGAUAAGCCAAAGCCACGUCGCUUCAUUCCGCAGCUGGCGGAUGAGACACACAGCAGCAGCGAACACAAGCAGCAGGAGGAGAAACCUCACGUCAAGUUCAAACCAGAGGUCAUAUCGACUACGUACGGCAGCAACAGGAAUCCCAAACGCAGCCACGACUCCGACUCUUCCUCAGCCAUGGAUGCUGACGACAAGGCACCCCGCAAGUUCGCACCUAUCCUUCUGGACACCUCUAGGCGCUCGAGGAAAGCUGGAGACCACAAACCGGCCGUCUCGCAGUCCGACAAGACCGAAUACGCCUACCACCUUCAUCAUACCGAACACUGGAAGCGCGUCAACGAGGAGCGAGCCGGUCCCAGCGCCUUGCCAGAGCCAGCGAUUGCCGCUGCCAAAGCCGAGCGUGACGAUGAUGAGCUUGCUGACAACCUACCCCAGCUGAGAGUACCAUGUCUACCCGAUGGUAGCUCUGCGAAGCCCCAACCCUACAGACGUCCCUCCCGUACACGCUCUUUCCACCCAUCUGACCUUGGGACCAUUGAGAGUUCUGAGAGUGAGCGCGAAUCCAAUCCAUCCCCUCUUUCUACUUCUCCUGCACGUGAUGGCUCACCCAUUACUGCGUCAGAAUCCUCCUUCGAGUACUUCAAGCAUGCCACGCGGAUCCGAGAGUCUGUCGAUGAGAACUUCACCCACUACCUGAUGGACCUGGAGCGCAGGAAGGCACGGAAGCGGCUCGAAGAGCAGGCGCUUGCUGCCUACCCCAAUGCUGACUUCAGCUACGAGGCACCGAAUCACUACAUUAACAAUGAUGAUGAGAGUGAGGAAGCGGAGAUCGAAGACCGCCCUGUCACAUGGGAGGGCAACGAGGAUGACCUCUUCGAGAUCAAGAGGCCUCAUCGGGACAGCACCGUUCCGUGGGAGCAGCUGGAGAUGCAGAAGCAUGCUGAAGAAUUGCAGCAAGAGCGCAAUGCGAACAAAAUCACAGCCAAGCCGACCGAGCCUUCGUCGUCGCCAUGGUGGAAGCCAGGAGAGUUUGGCGUAAAGCCGAACGCUGAACCGAACAGUGAGCUCAAAGCGAUGCAAGAGCGCGCUCGUCCACCCAUGCUCGGCAGCGACAUCGUUUUCCCGCGUUGUCCGUCUCCAGAACCCGCGCGCUUCGACGUCACGCAAGGCUCCGCCGUCCUGCGCCACCAAGUCGGCGACGGCGCCGGAGCAGCAGAAGGCGAGCGUCAAGGCUCUCAAGAGGAAGCCGGCCUCUGGCACGGUCCUUCUCCAAACAGCUCGCCAGUCACCGCCACCAAAUCCCGUGCAAACAGCGUGAAAAGCACCCAGUCUAAGGGACUGUGGGGCGGCUUCUGCGUCUCGAACGGCGACGACGACACCACCACCUCCUUCGGCCUUGCCCCACCAGCCGGCCCAACCGGUCUCAUGACCCCAGCCGUCGAACAAAGCAACCCCUUCGACCUCGCCUUCACCUCCGAACCCUCAGCCCCCGGCCUCACCACUCCACAGACACUCCAAACACCCCCGGCCCCCAAAGGCAAAGAACCCGACUUCGCCAACCUCAACUCCAUCCUCGCCGCCGACCGCGACUUCGACGCCCAGCUCGACGCCGACUACCCCGACUCCUUCAUCACACAAGUCUACAACUACCUCUCCCUCGGCUACCCUGCUCUCGCUCGCCCCUUCGACGGCGAAUUGUCCAAGAUCUCGCGUAUCCCGCUCGCGGACCUGCGCCAGGACGAUGUUACCGCGAAGAAGCGGCCAAAGGGGUAUAUCAGGCUCGGCGGGGAUUUUGAAGGCGGAGGCGGGGAUGGGGUGAAGGAGGUGGAUUGUAUCCGGUGGCGGGCGCUGAGGCUUUAUGUGCGGGAGUGGGCGAGGCAGGAGAGGGGGAUGGUGAAGUGGGAUGUUGAUGGGGGGAAUGGGAAUUGGGGGACGGGGGCGAGGAGGGGCAGUUGGGCGUUUUGA